UUGGGAGCUCCGGGCGAGCGAUCAGAAGAAGGAACGGGAACACCAGGUGAGCGGUCAGUACCGGCAGCAGGACCAGCGGCGGCAGCAAGUCCUUCCCUAGCAACCUCAGGUGAGCGCUCAGUAGUAGAAGGAGGUACACCAGGUGUGGGUCCAGCAACUUCGGCAGCGCGUUCUUUCUCCUUAGGAGCUCCAGGUGAGGGUUCAGUAACGGCAGCGAGUCCUUCCUCCUGCAAUUAUGGGAAGUUUUUGACUUUUUGUUAUUGCGCUUCCCUUGCAUUGUGGCCUCAUUGA